ACCUCGCUCCAAACGGUAGACGGACCGAGUCCCACACACUACCACCUUUUGGUAAAACUCACAGUCACAGUCACCGAGCUUUUCUCUCACUAACCAGUUUCCCACCACACUCCUCCUGCUCACUGACCUCUCUCUCUCUAUGAAGGUCUCGCCUACGCUCUUUUCGCUCACAAACCCGCUUUACUCUAUCCUCUAGCCAGCCAAACAGCCACUGGCUUUUAGUUUUCACCAUUUCUUUUCGUAAGGGGGAGGGUUGGGGGAGUACAUUCCAGAAUGGAAAGAAAGCAGGGGUUCUUCUCCGCCCUCAAGGAAGAGAUUGUGCGGGGCCUCUCGCCUUCUCGUUCUCGGGCGAACAGCCCCGCCCGAACUAGGUCGCCCAUUAUUUCGGGUCUUCUCCGGAGAAAGAAGGCCAGCCAGCACCAAUACCACUUGGCGCAUCCGGAGCCGUUGAUCGCGAGAUCCGGCAGUCUGAGGCCUCUCGGAGAGGCAUUGGCGCCUCUCAUGGAGGGUCCGGACCCUGACGGAGGGGAAAUCGGUGAUUCGAAAAGGAGCGGAUCGAGUCUCGGCCAGUGGAUGAAAGGACAGCUAACGAGGACUCCUUCGGUGACGUCUUCCAUGGCAGCUUACAAGAGGUCUGAUCUGAGGCUGUUGCUUGGUGUGAUGGGUGCUCCUCUCGCCCCCGUGCACGUUAGCGCCACUGACCCUCUGCCUCACCUUAGCAUCAAGGACACCCCCAUUGAGACUUCGUCUGCCCAGUACAUAUUGCAGCAAUACACAGCGGCUUCUGGUGGGCAGAAGCUGCAGAACUCUAUUAAAAAUGCGUAUGCAAUGGGAAAGGUCCGGAUGGUAGCUUCGGAGUUUGAAACUGCCACUAAGGUCAUGAAGAACCGGAAUGCCUCAAGAUGUGCUGAGUCGGGUGGCUUUGUGCUUUGGCAGAUGAAUCCAGAUAUGUGGUACGUGGAGCUCGCAGUUGGGGGCAGCAAGGUUCAUGCUGGCUGCAAUGGCAAGCUUGUUUGGAGGCAUACCCCCUGGCUUGGUGCCCACACUGCCAAAGGGCCUGUGAGGCCUCUGCGACGUGCACUUCAGGGACUCGAUCCCAGAAGUACUGCAAGUAUGUUUGCAGAUGCAAGAUGCAUAGGGGAGAAGAAGAUCAACGGUGAGGAUUGCUUCAUCCUCAAGCAUUGUGCCGACCCUCAGACACUGAAGGCCAGGAGCGAAGGCCCAGCUGAGAUAAUUAGGCAUGUCUUGUUUGGCUACUUCAGCCAGAAGACUGGGCUUCUUGUUCACUUGGAGGAUUCACAUCUGACCCGCAUCCAAUCUAUCGGCGGCGAUGCAGUUUACUGGGAAACCACAAUCAAUUCUUUCCUUGACGAUUACAGGCCUGUUGAGGGGAUCAUGAUUGCCCACUCUGGGCAUUCCGUGGUGACCCUCUUUAGGUUUGGUGAGAUAGCAAUGAGCCAUACCAAAACAAGGAUGGAAGAAGCUUGGACAAUUGAAGAGGUUGCAUUUAAUGUUCCAGGCCUGUCGGUGGACUGCUUCAUUCCCCCUGCAGACUUGAGGUCGGGAUCCAUCAGUGAGACGUGUGAACUGCCACAGGAUGAAAGGGGUAAAGGAGCGAUUGCACUAGCUGGGCAUCGAGCCAAAGUUGCAGCACUAGAGAAAGAACAUGACAGCUCAGGUGAUAACAUGAGUUGGAAGAUGGAAGCCUAACAAAGGGUAGGAUCAAAUUAGGGCAAUUGUUUAUACUAGCAGCGGGCUUUAAUUGACUAACGUUUUUGAAGUUACAAAGUAGGAGUUCAGUUAGGUUUUUUGGAAGUUGGUUCAUGCCUCUAUUAAUCUGUAAAUAGAGCAUAAUCAUUCACAGGUGGGGCCUGUUUGGAUCUUUAUACUCAGUGCAGAAUCCAACUAUGGAGUUGGAGCUCGUUUUUCCAUAUAGGGAUAGAGCAAGUGGAGGUUACUUUUUAAUUUGCCUUCAGUGCAUGAAGAUGGUGAAGCUCUAGUAUGUUAGAGCCACCAGCCUCGUAUAAUUCUACUAAUUUUCUUAAUCUAAUGAAUUCGGUGGUGAGUAAGGAAACUGCCACCAACCAACAUGGGUUUGUUGAUGCCUAGUUUGUUAGUUCUACCUUUUAUAUGUGUGCUAAUCUUUAUGUGGUUGUUUGAUGGAUAUAAAGUUGUAUCUUGGUUUGGGAAGGAGGAUUUGGUAAAAGGAAUGAAACUCAAGUUUCUUUUUUUAGCUGCUGUAAACCAACAUAUAUCGGAUAUGGGAUUCUGGUUGUAUCAUGUCA